AAUUAUUAGUUAUGUUCGAUUGGAUUCUUUGAGUAUAAGGGAACUUCCAAAGAAGUCACCAGAUAAUUUACUAGAGAAAUAAUAUUCAAAAACUUGUUAAAACUAGAAAAUCUCACAAUUUAGAACAAGACAAGUAUCCGUUUUCUUAGAUAGCAGCUUAACAAGUUCAGCCAUAACGUGCUUAUUGUUCUUAAAUCCUGGUUCCCCAAUAAUUUGAAGACACGUCUUGCACAAAGCGGGUUAAAUUUCUAAUUUACUUGAUUCUCCCCCGUCUGAGUCUGACUGGCAGAAAAGUUUCGAUGGACUGACUAAACUACGGGUUUUGUUCCUAUCAAUAAAAAAAAAGAGAAGAAAAUGAUCCCUGACUAUGGGUCGAUCAACUCUCCAAAUCCACCCCAUGAUUCUGCCAACAACAUCUUCACAUGUCUUUGUUUGUAGUGAAUACAUUAAAAAUUCCAACUCCGUUAUUGUUGUUGGUCCUACCACUACACACUCACGGAUACCUUCUAUUCUAUGCUCACUAUAAAAUAUUGUUGCCCUUCCACUUCCCACUACCAAUCAUCAUACAAUUACAAAUGCUUUAAUUUUGUAGAACCUUCACUCUUCUGAUGGAUCAAUUUCCUAUUCGUCUUUUUUUUGUCACAUCUCUCCUCUGUUGCCCAUUUCUGCUCAUUGCUCAAUCUCCAAGUCCAAUUAUCUCCCGUAUCAGUGUGGUAGGAGCUGUUUAUUGUGAUUCCUGCUCCACCAGCACUUUCUCUAAACAGAGCUACUUCUUGCAAGGUGUUGAAGUUCACAUACAGUGCAGAUUUAGAGCAACCUCACCAAAAACUAGCGAGCAGAUAAGCUUCUCAGUGAAUAGAACCACAGACCAAUAUGGAGUGUACAAGUUGGAAAUACCAUCAGUGGACGGAGUUAACUGCAUGGAUGGUUCGGCAAUUGUGUCACUCUGCCAAGCAACUUUGAUAAGUAGCUCCACUUCCACUUGCAGUGUCCCCUUUCUCAAGAGCACAACACGUGAGAUAUCAGUCAAAUCUAAACAAGAUAACCUGUGUGUAUACACCUUGAGUGGUCUCAGUUACAAGCCACCUCAAAAGAACACUACCUUGUGUGGACAUGAUCAGCAAUUGCAAUUGCCAAAUUCUCUCAACUCCUCAAAAUGCUACUUCCCUUGGCCUCAGCUACCUUUGCCAUCAAUGCCACCAAUACCAUCUCUGCCUUUCCCUUUCCCACAAUUUCCUCCAACCACUUCAACAACCUUUCCCCCCCCUCCAUUCAAUUUGCAAGACCCUACAACAUGGGUACCUCGUAUCCCUUCCCUUUCUCAUCCUCCACCUGCUUUUAAUUUAGGGGACCCCUCCACUUGGAUCCCUCAUAUUCCUCCCUCACCUCCUAAUAUACCACAACCACAACACCAAAGUCCCUAGAAUUUGCUACUCUUGUAUGGAAGCAUGUGAUUGAGCGGUGGAGAACAUAGUACAGAAAGUAGAAACUACUCCGAAUAGCGCAAUUCCGUAAACUCAACUUUAUUGGUUGGUUGCUCACGUCACGUGUAUGCUUUGCUCCUGAGUCAAAACUCAAAAGGAAAGCAGCUCACAGCGGGAAUAAUAUGUCGAGUGAUCACAAAAAGGGAUCAUAGGAUUUUACUUCAACCAAGAUAUGUUGGUUGGUAGUACAGUAACUUGAUGUCCAACUUUGUAUAAUUUAUUUAAAGCAUAAUAUCAUGGUUAAUUGAACGUGUUUGUAAUUUUCUAGGUACCUAAUUGAUUGUAAAUCGAAAUGCUUAAAUAUGUAAGUAAUUUUACAUUACAUGCAUAAGCCAUUGAUUUAAUGUUA